AUGGGAAUCACCACCGAAGUUCCGAAAACGGUUCAAUGGAACGGCAAGCAGGUCCCAGUCUAUCCCAUGCAGACGGUUGACUUCUCGCAACUGCUCUCCCAGGAGCCGGCCGAAAUCGAGAAGCUCGUGCGUUGCUGCCAGACCGAGGGAUUCUUCUACAUUGACCUGCAAGGCAUCGAUGGCCGCAGGAUGCUCGACGACCAACAAGAGACCCUAGCUCUCAUGCACCGUUUCUUCGAGUCUCCCCUGGAAGUCAAGAACGAGUAUGGGCUCGUCUCUCCGCAUCUCGGGUAUGAGCCCGUUGGCUCACGCACGGGUGUUCUUGAGAACACCAAAGAUGGAUAUGAGAUGAUCAAGGUGUCCCGAGAUGAGAUCCAAAGAGACGCACCCCACAUCCCCCGCAACAUCAAGAAUAGUGGAGACAUCAAGGUCCUCGAAAACGCCAUCGCUGGCUCCAAUAUCAUCACCAAGACCAUCCUGUCGGCGCUUUCAACUGGACUAGGCCUCACGGGUGCGGCCCGGUUCGAAAACAUGCACAGGAACCACCGCCCUUCCACCAGCACACUGGCAAUGAUGCAUUACAUCCCUUCUGAUCCAGUGACGGAUAAGAACAUUGGGCAUCAGAAACACACGGAUAUCAGCUCGUUGACUCUGCUCUUCAGCGAGCAAUGGGGUCUACAAAUUCGACCUCCCGGAGCCAAGGAAUUCGGCUUCAUCGCACCCAAAGUCGGCUCCGCAAUCGUCAACGUCGGCGACUCCCUCCGCUUCGCAAGCGGCCACACCAUGCAAUCGUGCAUCCAUCGAGUCGUCCCCUUGAACCCCACCGAGCACCGCUACUCGAUUGCGUAUUUUCUGCGGGCUGAAGACGAGACCAUGUUCACGGACAGCGCCGGCAGAUACGUGACAGCUGGGCAGUGGCACGACGAGAAGUUCUACACGUUCACGGCGCCGGAGUUAGAGCAGGCCCAGGCUCCGAGUUACUUGUUGUUGGGCGGGAUGAAGGAGGAG